CGUUCCUUGAAAUUAAAAUGCUAUAAAAAUGUUAAAAAGUGUUAAUAUAUUCAGUUUUUUGCUGUUCUAGUCGGUUUGUCGUCAGUUGGAAUUUAGCUCGCCUGAUCAUCCCUGCAUUUGAAUUUGGUGGAGAGAGAAUGAAUGCCUUCAAGCAGAGAGCUCACCAUAUUACUACAUCCUCACAAAAGCUUAAAACAUCUCAAGCAAAUUCACUCUUUCCUCAUCACUAGUGGUCUCUCACGGGACACCUUCUUCCUUACCAAACUUUUCCAUUCCCUAACUCUCGAUCAUGGCUGCCAUCUCGCCUACGCAUCGCUCCUCUUCCAGCACAUGGAAACAACCAGCAUUUACCUUUGGAAUACCGUUAUCGGAGACUUCUCUGUCAGUGCCCAACCCCUCAUGUCUAUUGUUUUCUAUACGAGAAUGCGCCGAAAUGAUGUCCACCCCGAUAACCGCACAUUUCCUUUGCUGCUCAAGUCGUUUUCACAAUUGAAAAACGAAAAUCCAUUUCCUAUUUACGCUCAUAUUGUCAAGUUCGGACUGGAAUUUAACAAUUUCGUUAGAAAUUCACUUAUCACUGCUUUUGUUAAUUGUGGGAAUACUGUUUUUGCACGCCAAGUGUUUGAUGAGAGUGCACACAAGGACGUUGUUACUUGGACUGCAAUGAUUGAUGGGUAUGCUAGAAAUGGUUUUCCUAUCGAAGGAUUAAAAUGUUUCAAGCAGAUGAUAUCAUCGGGUGUGAAGGUUGAUGAGGUGACUGUUGUAAGUGCUCUUAGUGCAGCCGGGAUGACUGGUAAUAUUUUGUUUGGAAGAUGUGUUCAUGGGUUCUAUAUACAACCAGGAAGAGUGAAAUGGGAUGUUUACGUUGGUUGUGUUCUCGUGGAUAUGUACUCAAAAUGUGGUUAUAGCGAUGACGCCCGUAGAGUUUUUGAUGAAAUGCCAAUUAAAAAUGUUGUUUCUUGGAGUGCGUUGAUAGCAGGUUAUGUCCAAGGUAAUAGGUUCAAAGAUGCGCUACUUCUCUUUCAGGACAUGCUGAUAGCGGAUGUCAGGCCUAACCAAACUACUUUAACCAGUGUUCUCACGGCCUCCGCCCAACUGGGCGCAUUGGACCAAGGUAGGUGGGUGCAUGAAUAUAUAAAUAGGAAUGCAUUAGAUAUGAACUCAAUUACUGUGACAGCCUUAAUAGAUAUGUAUGCAAAGUGCGGCUGUGUUUGUGAGGCUAUGCUGGUUUUCGAGAAUUUUCCUAAGAAGAAUGUCUACUCUUGGACUGCCAUGAUUAAUGGAUUGGCAAUGCAUGGGGAUGCUUUGGGUGCCUUGAAGCUGUUCCUCCAAAUGUUAAGUAGUGGGGUGCAACCAAAUGGAGUCACCUUCAUUAGUGUUCUCAGUGCCUGCGCUCAUGGAUGUCUUGUAAAUGAGGGAUGUAACUUGUUUGAGCUGAUGAAGCACAAAUAUCACAUGGAACCGAACAUUGAUCACUAUGGUUGCAUGAUUGAUAUACUAGGUCGGGCAGGGUACUUGGAGGAAGCAAGAAAGUUGAUUAAAGAGAUGCCUAUGGAGCCUACUCCUGGUGUAUGGGGAACUCUUUUUGGUGCCUGUAUGAUUCACAAGGCCUUUGAUCUAGGGGAAUACAUAGGCAGCCUUUUAAUCAGGCUUCAGCCAAAUCAUAGUGGUCGGUACGCCCUUCUGGCAAACAUGUACUCAGCAAAUGAUAGAUGGGAUGAUGCUGCAUUUGUGAGGAAGAUUAUGAAAGGGAAAGGCGUUGAGAAGAGGCCAGGAUUUAGCUGGAUAGAAGUGAACGGUUCAAUUCAUGAAUUCAUUGCUUUUGAUGGAUCUCAUUCUGAAAUCACUAGUUUAUAUGAGAUGUUAGACAAUAUCUUGCUUCAGUUGAAGCUUGCUGAUUAUCUUCCAGAGACCAUCCUUUUUGAUGGGGAUUAAUACUUAAUUGCCGCAUCUUCUCCAACAUUUUGAGGUGGGCUCUGGACUCUUUAACACAUUGAUCCAAGAUAACUUAUUGAUCUUUACUGUUAAAGCCAAAUAUGCUAGAAUAUAUAUAUAUAUAUAUUUUUUUUUUUUUCUUGAUGCGAGAGAUGCAGUCUUUGCAAUAAACUAUUGAUAUGUUUGUCCUUGUAGGAUUUAUGUUACCUUUUUUAUGACCCAUCUGAAGGUAUUAGGGUGUAGGGAUUUAUUGUGUUCAUUUUGUUUAUAAAAUAUGGCUAUAUAUCUUUCGACUUCAA